AUGGCGGCCUUGACUGUUUCAACCUUGAGUGUCCGGCGUGUGACCCCGGCUCAACGAGCCCUCGCAUUGCCCGAGGUUUUGAGCAACAUCUUCUCGCAGAAUGCUUUGGACACCCAGCCCUUGAUCCACAGCAAGUCCCAAACCCGUGACCUGCUCAAUUUUGCCCUCGUCAACAAGACCUGGUAUAACGAGGCCAUCCGCGUGUUGUGGGACCACCCCACCGGCCAGAUCGAUCAAGUCAUGGCAAGCAUUCCUGCUGAUCGCCGUCAGUAUUACGCCAACUUCAUCCAUUGGAUCUUCCUACUCUGUCGCCCCGGAGAGGACAAACGAUUUAAAAGCGGAGGCUCACUCCACGGACUGCGCUUUCCGCGAUUGGAUCGGCUCUCCGUCAGCCUUUACACGAACAGGCUCUACGUGAUUCCGUUUGCUCAUCCGCAGCGCUGGGUCAAGGAGAUGUACUUCAAGAAGCGUGCGCCCAAGUAUGACGACGAAACUGACUUUGACGGCGUCUUGGAAAUUGUCGAGACAUUCUUCCCUUCUAUUGGCGAGCUUUACCUUCGAUAUGAAGGACCGGACUCCCACCUUUCGGGGCUGAUUACAAUUCCAAAAUCGGGCCGUGUCGUGCCUGCUAGGAACACCCAUUGGUAUAUCGACCGUGCUCCCGUCGAAGAGGAGGAGGACGGUUCAUACGGAUAUCAAGGGCCUGGUGUGGUAAGCUCUUCGGACACUUGGGGCGAGACCAAUUGGACAGAGAGCUACUUGACCAUUACGACGCAGGGACCUUUCAACUGGCCCUCAAACGACGUGGUUGGAACCAAUGGGAUCUAG